AUGAAUUCAGUAUUUUAUCUCAUUUGUCUAAUAUUUAUUGCAUUUAUUGCUCUGUAUCCUAUUUUUUUAUGGUUUUCAUUGUUAUGUUUGGUUUUUGUUGCUGCAAUUCUUCUUGCAAUAUCUGGAACCGUUACUGUACAAAUUAUGCUUUCGAUGAAGCACACUGCCCGCUAUGUGAAUGUUCUGUCUUCUUUUUCCAAUUUUCAUAAAUACAUACCCCAGAGUUAUAAUAACCACGUUCAUAAGACAAAAAAAAGACUGCCUGUAAUUUUUGGAAGAUCUGUUGACAUUGCUCUACAAGAAUUGUUGGACUUAAUUGUACGCGAUUUAAUUUCAUCUUGGCUUGAAAAUUUGACAUUUUCAUACAAAAAGUUACAAUUUUCAUUUAAGAAGGAAAUUUGGUAUGCAUUAGGUAAAUUAAACGAAAGGUUAAUAAAUAUUGAUGAAACAAAAUUAAUCGCUGGAGAUAUGGUUUCAAAAAUAACAUCACAUUUUGAAAAAAUUAGACUUGUUAAUUCAGGAAAUGAUUUUUCAAAACAAUUUUAUAUUUCUCAUCAUUUACAAAGUAUUGAAAAAGAAUUAAAUUAUUUAAGAAAAAUAUCAGAACUUAUAUUGGUCACUUUUUUUUCUAAUUAUCUCAUUAAUCAUGCUUGUAAUAAAAAUUUAUUAAUUGAAAUAUUGACUUGUAAAGUUUUCUUUCCUUGCAUUGCUUUACUGACAGACCCAGAUUACAUUAACCAAAAAAUAUUAGAAUACAUGGAACAGGUAGUUCAAACAAAUAAUUUACAUCAAAAUAGUUGUUCUCAUGCCGAAAGCUUUCAAGAAUUUAUUCAAUUAAUUACAAGCAGCGAUGAUGCGAAUCAUUUAAAACGAGUUAGGUACAGCAUAAUGACUGAAAUAAUGCAAGCGACAACAAUACAAAAUUUAAAAAAAGUUAAAGAAGUUGAUAGUGAAAAAGAUGAAAUAAGUAUAAAAAAAUUAAAACGAUAUCUUGGCCAAUUAAAAUUUGCAAAAUUACAAUGUGAAAACAGACUGAGAGAUUUAGAUUGUCCUGGAUUUGCUAACGAUUCCGAAAAUGUUGUAGUUCCUUUUGAAAAAAUUUUAGAAAAUUCAUUCGGAAGAAAAAUGCUUUAUAAUUUUCUUGAAAAUGGAGGACAAGAAACUUAUUUGUCAUUUUGGGUUGCUGUCGAAGAACUACGAUCCACGGUUAAAAGUCACUGGCAUCAAAUCGGUGCUGAAAUAUAUUAUACUUUUAUUCAUUCCCAGGAAGCACCCAUUAAGGUUGAAAAAUCAGUCAGGCGUCGUAUCGAAAGUUUUCUUCUUGGAAAUUCAGGUCCUGAAGCAUUUUAUGAAGUUCAAGAAAAUAUCGUUCAACUUCUUAAAGAAAAAGUUUAUCCAAAUUUUGUUCUGACAGAUUUUUACAAUCAAUUUUUACAGCAUAUCGAAUCAACGAAGCAAGAUUUAAACAACGAAAAUCAAUCUGUUUUUGAAAAUGAUAAAGUGGAUUCUGUCGAACAAAACGGUUAUGCCAAAAACAAAUUAAACCAACUUCAGGAACGUUUAAAUAAUAAAUCUCAAGCAUUGCAAGCAUUACGUCUGUCGUUGAAACCCGAAUCGAGAGUAUUGUCCGGUUUAGAAAAAGAAGUACAAAAUUUAGAAGGUGAAAAAAGACAACUCGAAGCUCAUUUAACAAGAACGGAAGUUUGGGAAGAACAUUUAGGAAAAUGGAGAGUUGUAGUACAAUCGGCAGAAGUUUCUGCUGAUAAAGAAUGUCCUCAUUUUGUUUUAGUCGUACACGUUUUGGAAGAUGAAUUAAAUUAUGACGCCAUAUCAACAGGAUGGGUAGUACUACGAAAAUUAUCAGAAUUUCACGAAUUACAUAAAAAAUUAUCGCAGGUUUGGAACGGUGUUAAAAACCUUGAAUUACCAUCUCAAAGUCCAAAAUUUCUCUUCGGAAAACAUUCCGACAAAGCGAGCUUAGAUAAGGCAAAAAAUCAAAUUCAAAAGUACCUGGAGUUUGUUUUGCAAGACGAAAGACUGAAUACAAGCGAAGCCAUUUACACAUUUUUAAGUCCAAGUUCGGAAAGUUUAAAAUUGUCAAAUGUACCUGGAGUUUCAUCGCCGAAAAAAAAUAGAUUUUCAUUGUCUACAUUAUUUAAAACCUCGAGUAAUCAAGGGAAUGGCGAAGGAAGUAAAGACAGUGACGAAGAAGAUUAUUCUCUUUUGGAUGAAAACGAAGUCAAAUUGGGAGGGGGAGGGGGAGGAGAAGGAAAAGAUGCUGUUGUAGAACCUUUGUACGCUCUUUUAAGCGAAAUAUUUGAUUUGAGAGGAGUUUUUCGCUGGCUUCGAAAAACUCUUAUAACCUUCGUACAAAUAACAUACGGUCGAACAAUCAGUCGUCAAGUUAGAGAAACGGUUUCAUGGUUGUUUUCAGAACAAAUGGUUCAUUAUUACAUAAAAUUUUUCAUACAAUCCUGGUGGCCUAAUGGAAAUCUAGCAAAACAACAACGAACGAGAACAAAGGAAGAAAAACAAAAUACGAGAGCCAAUGCCAAAUAUUUAUUUGUCAAUAACACUCCAGAAGUAUUAAAUAAUUUGGUCGGACAGCAAAAUGCCAAAAGAGGAGCAAUAAAAGUAUUUGAAAUAUUACAAGAUGUACGACUUAAUAAACAGCUCGUUUACGAUCUUUUGGAAAUUUUAAUUUAUGAAAUAUUUCCCGAAAUUAAAAGAAAAGGUGGGAUUUAUAAAUAG